CUCGUCGUCUCUCAUCUUCGACCUUUGUCCAUAACCAACCAUAUCUCUUACACUUUAUUAGUCUUCGAAACUCGAACGAUACACUGCUCCUCCAGUUUCUAGGCGUAGCAGUGGCUCAUCCAUUCCAUUCAUACCUUCAAAUCGGCAUCAAGACCUUGAAGAUUAAACGAUAAAUUCAAACUACCUCUGCUUUGUUUAAAAGCGAAAAAGUUUCAAAGUCGACUACGCAUAUCCAACGUAUAUCCAUCGCAAGAAGACUCCGAAAAUUACGCUCCCGUUACCUCCAUAACACAUUUAUUGAGUGGUACAAGAGACUAGCAACUCACCUGGUAUCGUUCCUCUGGUGUUUUGAAUUUUCAAAUUUCAAAAAUGAGUGGACUGCCUCCCCCGUCAUCAUCUUUACCCCCUCCCCCUCGAUUUGAUUAUGGAAGGGAAGAUGGUUACCAAGGGCGGCCAUACGAUGGGCCCAAGGAUCGUGCUUAUGACCGGGAUCGGGAUAAUUGGGAACGAGACAGUCGACGAGAUCAUCAGCACAGAGGUCCAGGAGGACCGCGAUCUAGAACUCCAGAGGGCCGGGGUGUAAGACGUUUGUAUGACCGAGAGAACCGCUCGAUUGAAGAACGGAUUCAGCAAGAACGGCCAUGUCGUACACUUUUUGUCCGAAAUGUACAGUAUGAUGCCGAUCCCGAAUCUCUUCGUUUGCAAUUUGAAUCCUUCGGUCAGAUCAAAAAUUUCUAUGAGAUGGUUAGCAAAAGAGGAAUGAUCUUUAUCAGCUAUUUUGACAGUCGAGCGGCCCAGCGUGCUAGGGAUGCUAUGCAUGGAACCCUAGUCAACAGGCGACCUAUUGAUGUCCAUUACAGUCUUCCGCGAUCCGAGGAAGUAACUGGGGCGUGUACGGCUGAAAAGAAUCAGGGUACCAUACUUGUGUUAUUACAUCCUCCGCGAACCUUGGAUAUCAACGAAAUCGGCCGCAUUGCGGCUCAGUACGGUGAUAUCAAAGACGUUGUCCCUGGCCGAGUUCCGUCCGAAAUCAUUGUAGAAUACUUCGACAGCCGAGGUGCCGCGUUGUUCCAGCAACAGAUGGACAGACAGCCGCUUUUAGGGGGUGAGCUAGAACUUCGUUUCAUUUGGGAUAAACUGGACAACAAUGUUCCUCCUCCUCCCGCUGCUGUUGCAAAGGCUAGCAGGCCUUCUACUGACUACGAUGAUCGUGCGAGGGGUCCGCCUCCCAGGCGGGAUGAUGCUUACAACGAUUCCAGAGGUGGAAGGUUUGGUCCUCGAGGCGGCGCUCGAGAGCGAUCGCCGGAUUACAGAGACCGCAGGGGGUCAUACGAAACCGGCUAUGGCGGACGUCCUAGUGGACCGUCUCCCGGUAGAUAUCAUGAUGCUCCGCCAGCUCCUGCCUCAGUCUCUGAGGAUCGCCUUGAACAAGCUCUUCGUGUGCAGCAGCUUUUGAACAAAAUUGGCAAUGUAAAUGUCCCUCCUGUCGCAGCAACUCCUCCCACCGCUCCUCCUGCACCUUCAUACUACCGUUCACCUCCGGUCAUGCCUCCCAGUACUACCCCCUAUCCUCCUCAUGGUGCAUCAUAUGCAUCAUACCCUCCGUACCCCACGCCCACACCCAACGCCUACGGAUCGAAACCUCCAUACGUCGCUCCUCCCUUCCCACCUUAUCCGCCACCUGCUGCAGGUGGGUCUGUUCCUCCUGAGGGGAUGGGUCCGCUUCCUGGAAGACAGCAUCCUGCUGGCUAUGGUGCGCCGCCACCUUUGCCACCUUUCCCUCCUGCUGGCCCUACGGCCCAAGCUAUUCAGCCCGCUGCUACUGCCCCCCAAGGACAGCAACCAGUGAAAGACGUUGGUUCAUUGUUGGCAAUGUUGCAAGGCAAGCAAUGAUACGACGUUACGAAUGGUGCAAAGUUGUUAGUAGGGAAGGCAGACGUAAAUCUAUGAAGGCUUAUACACCAUGCAUAAUAAUAUCUUGAUCGUUUGUGCUU